AUGGCUAUGCAUUAUGGAUCCCACACCAGCGACUUUGUCGUGGGGAUUGGAAAGUUAUUAACCGCUUUUAUUAUCUUGGCAUCCAGGCAAAGAUGGUUCAAUGACAGCAUAAAUCUGAGUCGUCUGGACAAGAUGACAAACUCCGCCAUUGAAGAACAUGUACAAGGCCAUAAUGGAAGUGGAAAUAUGGAAAUGGCAACUGUUUAG